CCAAGACAGCGGACAGUGGACACAAACACACCUCUUUCUUCUUCCCACUCGGCUGUUCCGCGUCGGCAUUCUUCUUUCCGCAAAUCAAAAGCAAACCCUAGCCGCUGCUACCACUGUCUUCACCACUCACCAGUCAGCCACUUCUGCCACCACCACUGCCGCCCUUCAAUUGAAGAGCCGUUUCUCUUCGAGUCCCAGUUUGUUGGCCAACGUUAGAAGCAGCUACGGUAGACAUUUCAUCAGCUCCAUUGGUGGAGGGCCUCGCGAACAGGUGAAAUUUUUGGACAUGAAGUCAUCCAAUAUAAGAGAUAUAUUGACUUCAUUUAGUCCUUCUUUGGACUUCUUUGCUAUUACUACUGGUGAUGGCCGAAUUAAGAUAUGGGACACAGUGAAGGGUCAGGUGCAAACUGAGUUUGCAGAUAUCAUCUCAAGUGAAACAAGAAAUGAGUUUUUUAGUAAGCCAGAAAGUGGUGGUCACCUUUCUGUGGACUAUAAGUGUAUGGCGUGGUUGUCCUUGGACAAGAAGAAGAAAAGGAAACUUGGUACUUCGUUAUUGGUGCUAGGAACAGGCAGUGGUGAUGUAUUGGCAUUAGAUGUAGCUGCUGGCCAGUUAAAAUGGAGAGUCAAUGAUUGUCAUCCUGGAGGAGUCAGUGCAAUUUCAUUUGCGCCACAUGGUUCAUGCAUUUGCACUGCUGGUGCUGAUGGAAUGGUUUGUGAACUUGACUCCAUGUCAGGCAAUUUGUCAAACAAGUUCAGAGCUUCUACAAAGUCAAUAUCAUCAAUCUCUAUGUCAUCAGAUGGGAAGAUAUUAGCUACUGCUGCAGCACAGUUGAAGAUUUUUAGUUCUUCAGAUCACAAAAAGCUACAGAAAUUUUCAGGCCAUCCUGGGGCUGUCCGUUGUAUGGUCUUUUCUGAUGAUGGAAAAUAUGUCCUUUCUUCUGCUGUGGGUGAACGAUAUGUUGCAAUUUGGAGGAUAGACGGGGGUAAAAAGCAAGCAGCAUGCUGUUUUCUCUCAAUGGACCAUCCUGCUAUCUUUUUGGAAUGCAGGUCCAUUGCUACUAGCGAUUCAGAUGAUGCAGGCCUGUGUAUUUUGGCCAUUUCAGAAAUGGGUGUAUGUUACUUCUGGUAUGGGAAUAGUAUAAAGGAAUUGAAUAAUUUGAAGCCCACAAAAAUCUGCAUGUCUUAUGAUGACACGUUACCAAAGAAGCACAAGGGAGCACUGCCUAAUAUAUUUGCUGCAAAGCUACAAAGUGUUGCCAAACCUGGCUUUGGUCAUGUUUUUAUCGCAUAUGGUUCAUUAGUGAAGCCUUUGUUUGAAAAAAUUUUGGUGCAACCUGGGACAGAUGUAAAGUUAAGCAGUUCACUUGAUGGAUUUCUUCUACCAAUCAGUCAAUCACACAAAUCUAAGAAAGCAACAGACAAUCACAAUCAAAUUACUGCUUUGGAUCGUGCAAGUGCUGAAGAUGCCUUACUUCCAAUGCCUAAGAUAUUUCACCUGGUUGAUAAGAAUGACAGAGUUAAGCCUGUGGUGAGUAGAGAUGCUUUGUGUAAAUUGAAUGUUGACCAAGCUACAUUCUCCAUGGAGGAUCGACUGAGAUCCUUAGGGAUCCUUAACGAUAGAGAUGGCCUCACAUCUAGCUCCAUGAGUGAUUCUGGCAUCUUAAAGGAUAUAAAUCUUGCAGUGAGCACACCACCAAGGAAGAUGAAAGCAAACGUUGUAUCUCUUGGAGCUAGUGAAGCGUACGACUUGCUCAAAGUCUUGGUGGCUGCGUGGCAAUCCCGAUCAUGCUUUGGAAGAUACGUGCUUCCAUGGAUACACUGUAUAUUGUUGAGUCACAUUAAGUACGUGGUAUCUCAGGAGCCAAAGACUCAACUUCUUGAGUCUUUGUACAAGCUGUGCAAAUCCAAAGAAACAGCUAUGCCGUCAUUAUUGCAAUUAUCUGGCCGUUUGCAACUUGUGAUGGCACAGAUUGACAAGGCUACCAAAAGCAAUGAACCUACUUUAAUACAUGAUGAGGAAUUGGAUGAAAGUGAAGAUGACGAUGUAGAUGAAGUUCUUUAUGGUGUAGAUGAAGAUUCCCAAAUAGAUAGUGAUAGCGAUGAAUAAGUGUCUUUCAAAAGUAGAGGACUUUCAAUUAUUUAUCUGCCUCUGUGAGGCUCUCCAAGCCAAUUUCUCGAGUUCUGGUCCUAUGAUGCUGAUUUGCAGUCUUGGUGGCAUCUAAUUUGAGUUUUAACAGCAUAUUCAUAACAUCUUCCUUGAAGUUCAGAAUUUCCAAGGUCCUGCACUUCUCUGCUAGGUUACGUAUGUUUGACUUCCGAGCAUCUUUUGGCAAGUGUGCAGAUCUUUAUGGAGGUAUUGCACAGUUUGGACCGAUUUUGUGUACCCAUGCUACAGCCUGACAAUUUUGUCCAACUAUACAACUAUUUCGCUGACGAGGCAAAAUACUCUCUUUUUUCCCUUCUUUUUUUUUUUUUGACAAUGAAUUUGUAAAUUCACGACAAAGGGUUUGUAGUUGAGUUAGUUCUUUUUUAUUGGUCUUAUUUCUAGAUGCCCCACGAUGAUAUAUAUGUUUAAUUUGUUUAACUUCUGAAAUGCAAGUUUUGCUAUAUUGCACUUAUUUUUAA